AUGCCGACAGAAUUGAGGAAUGUUAUGGCCGACGUAAAUUCCUUGGACUCUUUCCUGCGAGCUAUGAAUGCUGAAAAGUUGAGAGCCGUCAUAAAUGCAAUAGGGGUCCCUCGCGGAGGCACUAAAGGUGUGAGAAACUAGACGUUUUUAAGGGUGGUUCAUUCAUGUUAGCUUGUCAUUACUUCCAUUUGCAGUCAUAGUCAUAUCAAGCCUUCAAAAGUAACUCUUCGUUAUUUUAGCCUCUAUGGAGAUCAAUGUUUAUUUCUUACAAAGAGCUCGCUAUAAAGGCCACUUCUCUACGAAAGCUAACUACUUUUACCUCAACUUUGCUGCUGAUUAGUGCAAAUAAUAAGAGAGAAGGCGUCCCAAAAAGACGAACUUUCUGACAGGGCAAUGUUAAUUGUUCAAUUCAAUCUUAAAUAGGAAAUAAAGGUCCUUUUUUUUUCUAAAAUGAUAGAAGGGGAGAGAAGGGUAAAGUAGUCCGCCCAUUGAGAUCACUGCUGUUGUUUGACUGAUCACUUGUCUUUUAAUUUAGGUCUGCGACAUAAGCCCAGGGGUUCUAGUGAUCUGCAUUCACCUAAGAAACGUAAGCUAACUUUUAUUCUGAUGAUUUAAAUUGAAAAUCCGCCCACGUUUUCAGUUAAAGUUAUUAUUUUGAAAAAACCAAAACAAAAACAAAAACAAAAAAAUGUGGUUUAAUCCUGAUACCAUUCGUCUCAAAAACAGUUUCAAAACGGUCUGGCGAUUUUAUUGAACAAUACCCGAUAGACGAUUGGCAGUGACUCUCUUGACAGAGAGACAGUCUUGGAAAACUAAAUUUCGAAGCUUUGUUUGAAUUAACCCUUUAACUCUCAAGAUCUCAUUAGUAAUUCUCCUAACGGUCUGCCGUACAGUUCUUGUGACGUUACUUUGGAGACUUUGGUAUCGAAUCAACUUUUAAUCCCCUAACUGAUGAUAUUUUUGCUUAUUCUCAUCACUUGUCUGCUUGAUAUUGCAUUGAUAUUGUAAGGAGAAAUUCUAUCUUGGUCACUUGUGGGAGUUGAAAGUUAAGGCAUUGCUAAUCUUUGAUUAUUUUCGCUUCAUAGCUGACAUUCCGAGCCAACUGGCAAGAGUUCUACAGGAUUCUAAUCUUCCCUAUGUCAUUUUGGAUGAUGCCCGUUGUGCUCCGCGUCCUGAGGUUAUAGAAGUACCUCAGCCUAAAUAUGAAAAUGCUUUCUAUUUUCCUUUCUUUGUGACCUUACACCGUUGUGGCGGCUCCUGCGGCGCCAGGCCGUUUGAAACAAGUUGCCAACUGCAAGGUAAGUCAAAUGGAUCACUAGUUAAAUAGCUAUAGAGAAAGAUGUUUUUCUGAGUCCUCAUGCGGAAUUCAACCUCAGACCUUCCGAUUCCGCGCUCCUAUGAUCUACCUCUGAGCCACAGAGACUCUUUGCGAAGGUGAGCGAAGCCUAUUACGAAGUUCAUAUGUCACACGUUCGUGACAAGUCGAAAAAACAUGUUUCUCUAUUUCUUUACCGAGCUCAAAACUUACCAUCUCUCUAUUUAUUUAUUUAUUUAUUAUUUAUUAUUUAUUUAUUAUUUAUUUAUUUAUUUAUUUAUUCUUUACCGAGCUCAAAACUUACCAUCUCUCUUACUCUAUUUAUUUAUUUAUUUAUUAUUUAUUUAUUUAUUUAUUUAUUUAUUCUUUACCGAGCUCAAAACUUACCAUCUCUCUUACUCUAUUUAUUUAUUUAUUUAUUUAUUAUUUAUUAUUUAUUUAUUUAUUUAUUUAUUUAUUAUUUAUUUAUUUAUUUAUUUAUUCUUUACCGAGCUCAAAACUUACCAUCCCUCUUACUCUAUAUAAAAAUUUAAACAACUGUUAUUACUAAGCAUUCAGUCUCACCCAAGAAUUGAAAUCUUAAGAGACCUGGAUUCUGUUAUAAGAGUACUCGGAGAAAUAAAACCAAGAAAAUUAUUUGCGAGGUUAACCCCCUGGAUCUGAAUCAAAUCCAAAAGUUCUCUAUAAGAAAAACGGUCUAGAAUUAGCGGGAGCGGAUCCUUCUUCACUCUCUGGUUGGUUUAGAAAAUCUCAGGAAUGAGCUAAAACUAUUCGUAUUAGCUCAUAUAUCUAGAGGUUUUGUCCAACUGCAAGUUUGCUCCAAACCACCUUUACAAGUUCACCCCUGAAGAAAAACAAUUUCGCCCCCACAAACCCUGUCCCUUCUAAGUUCUUUGCUGCGCUUUGCUCUGAUCAGCCAAUCACAGAGCAGUUUUACGACACUCAUUCGAAAAGCGCGUUACAUAUAUGUUUUUUUCCUCACACAGAAAAAGAAGACUUCAACCUUCUUGUGAGUAAGACUUCUUGGUCUUCAUCAUCAGACAGACUGAACGAGACCUCAAAUGAAUUUACCCCAGUCCGCAUGACGAAUCACUCGAGUUGUUCGUGUCAAUGUAAAGUUAAACCUUCUGAUUGUGAUAAUCGAACCCAACGCUACUCUAAAGAAAACUGCAGAUGCGAUUGCAUAAGGGGUUUUAUGCCUUGUCGACGCAACUACCGCUGGGAUCCCAUAAAAUGCCAGUGCAUAUGUAGUCCAAGUAAUGCAGUUAGAGCCGAGUGCACAAAACGUCACGAGUUUGAUAUGGAAUCGUGCCAGUGCACGUGCAGUAAGAAACGUUGCAAAAAUCGUGCAAAGGUGCGUGAUCCUAAGACCUGUAGGUGCAAGUGUCCCAGGUGCCCGUUCGGGUUGAAGGAGGAUCCACAGUCAUGUGCCUGUACACGAGCUUAUAGAAGACGUCGACAACACUAAACCGAGUUGAGAAAGUCACGGGAAGACUUAAAGCAAAGUGCGAUACGACACAAACGAGAACGAGGAGAAAAAAUACCAGAACAAUGGCUUGGGCAAGCUGCCUUCACUUGUUGCUAGAGAGGAGAUCUGACGUCAUUAGAGAUCUUUAAUUCAAUGAGCUAAACUUGAAACUAUUUAAGGGACGUAAACUUAUUCUUUUGAUCAACGCCCUCUCGACGUCGCUGUCGUCAAUGCUUUAAAUCCCUAUAAACUUUUUAUCGUGAGUGGAAACGAAAAAAGAGGGAAAUCAGAUCUAUUCCAAUCAGUCCUACCACGAUCAUUUUAUAAUCAACAGCCACAGGAUCAUAAUUUACCCUCCGUAACUGGAAACUGAAUAACGGUGACCGUUUGAUACCGAACACUGAACGGCUUUGAGUAAUUUUCAGGCAAAUUGCAUGAUCUUACUUUGAUUUCUUAUUGGUUCGUUGUGAUAUUUUCCUUAAUUUUGAUUUGCUGUCGUGAUUACGACAUCUAAAUUAGAUUAAGACGCUCUCUAAAUCUUCUAUGACC